AGCCAGCCACGCCAGAACACCAAAACGAGUACGACCAUCCACAUUCCACACCCGAUCGUCUCUUUUUCUCUUAAGAGAAACCCGGACCCAUCUCCAAAGCCCGAGAACCAAAACAAACACGGCGAUGCCACAUUGCCACCGCCCCCGUUCCUCCGCCGAACGCAACGCCACCGUUCAACUUUCUCUCCUGAGAAACACCCACUAAGCCAUUUAACUUGAAGCGAGCACAACACAUAUUCAGUUUCCUCUUCGAAGCUCGCCGAGAAAGACUCUCGUUCGAUGGGGCAUACAAGCAAAGACCUUUUGCAGUUGGAGCACAAGAAUUCCUCCACCUCCCCAUUAGAGUCUACACUUCUUGUUUGCAAAAAAGACUCGGUCUCUCAACCCCAGAAACCCCUCCCUCAUGGAAAGCCCAUCACUGCCCCUCUUCCCAAAAGCGAAGUGUUUGGAAAAGUUAAAGACUUCUUGGGAAUCAUAUCAGCAGCUAAUGAAAGGCUUCAGCUUGGUGCAAAGGACAAUUCUGAGAACUAUGAUAUUGAAGUGCUCACUGGAAAUGAAUCUGAAAUCAUUGAAAUGGAUUUGAUGCUUGGUGUUGCUGAUCUUCAUACCCCUGAGGCUGUUGCUGUUGCUGAAUCUACAAUUGCUAGUUAUCAGCCCAUAAUUCCAUUGGCUGCGAGCAGUAGUGGAACAGAUUCGGAAGAUAGCAGUGAUGUUGACGAAGAUGAUGACAAUGGUGAUAAUGAUGCUAAGGAAAGAUGCUCUCAUUUGAAACUCCAAAGGUCAGAGUCUGGUCAAGAUAAUUCUUCGAGUGAAGAUGUCCCUCAGUCAGAAAAGCGACGUAAGAUUGUUGAGCUUUCAUGAACUAAUGUUGUGAGAUUUCUUCCAGUUGGAGGACUAUGAACAGGGAGGAUAGUGUGAUUGGAAGCCAUAAGUUGUCGUUAAGGUCAAAGAAAGACAAAUCUCUAAUGACUCAGGGAAAGCGCGAGCCACAUCUGUACUAGCACUUUAAUAUGACUAGUCAAUUUAUAGUUUCUUUAAAACAAAUAUGAAACUUAACACCUCUUGAUAAACUA